AUGAAUACAUCGGGUUUUUUUUUCAUUUUUGGUUUUUUACAUUUUUCUCAUUUAACGUUAACUUCUUCUGCUGCUGCUGCUUCGGGAAAACUUCCUCCUUCGUUUGAAAUAUGUCACACAAAACAACCGAAAUAUGAUGUUUGUUUAUUAAACGCUGUAGAAAAAGCUAUUAAAAGUUUAGUUAAAGAGUAUAUCGGUUUUAUUUGA